AUGAUUUCAGAUAAAAAAUCUAGUAGGAAAAUAAGAAGCGAAUUAGCAGAAGAUGGUUGUCCUGAAUCUCAAGUUGUUUUGGCAAAACAAUUAUUACGAGAAAAAAAUUUUAUCAGUAUCAAUGAUAAUGAAGAAAAUGCAAAACUUGGAGUUUUUUGGCUCAUCAAAGCAUCAGAACAGGGUAAUUUGGAAGCGACUAAUAUACUACGACAGUGUUUAGAAACCGGUGAAGGCAUCACAGAAUACAAUUAUGAAACUGUUAAAGCAUGUUUGACGACACCACAAAAUGAAAAACUAGCAAAAAGAGCUGCCAAAGAAAUGUUUAUAAGUUUAUCAGACGGCCAAGAUUUCAUAACAUCGAAACAGUUAAGAAAACAAAUGAGAAAAAUUUAUUUUAAUGAUUUAGCAUCCGCUUCGACGAGUAAAGAAGGAAAUCAAAAUUUUCAAAAUGAUAUAUUAGAAAAUGAAAAAGAUGAUGAUUUAAUUAAUAAAGGAGAAGUCAAUGUUAAAAAUGAUGUGAUUGGUGAUGAUGAUGAUGAUGAUUUUAUGGAUAGCAAAGAAAUUUUAGGUUGUGUUGAAAAAAAUGAAAAAAAAUUCUAUGAAAAACUAACGGAAAAUCAUUUGAAGAAUGCAGCAUUUCAUUAUUCGAAAGGUGAAUUGCCAUUGGUCGAAGGUGUUUUCGCAUUAACAGAAUACAACAAUAAAAAUAUUGAUAAUUUAAAUUGCUUGCAAAGAACGUUUUUAUACCCUUUUAUAAGAGUUCAAAGGGCACAUUUAAAAUUACUUAAUAAUUUUAGUUUACGAUAUAGAACAAAUUAUUUUUCAAUAUUUUCAACUUCCGUUUCCUUACAAUUUUUAAUACUUUUCCUAUUGUAUCCGUUAUUGACGAUAGAUAAUUUAGUUUUGUUUCUUCCAAUGUGCAUAUAUUACAUUUCGUUUUUCUACAUGGUCGUGUCGACUCUUCAAAUGCUUCAAUCUCAGAAAGAAUACGCGGAUUUCAGAGUGUGGUCUCGUUUGUUUUUAAGGUACGAUAGAGAUGGAAAUUUAAAUACGGACGAUCCUGAAUUUGAAUUUUGUAAAAAAAACAUGAGGCCCUACGGUUUGUUUUUCUUUAGUCUGCUCAUCAAUUUAAUCGUGUAUCCUUUCAUUUCCGAACUCUGGAUACCUCAAAGCGAAUUGGCAACCAUAUCUUUCGCAUUUACUUUUCUCACCCUCUACAUUUUCCACGGGAAAUCCUCGAAAAAAAUCGAUUAUUAUUUAUUAUUAUUUUCAUUUGCAUUGUACGUUCUUGCUAAAUACCCAUACGAAACGGAUGGUGUCGUACGACAAACGUGGAGGUUUUUAGACAUCGAACUUCCCACACUUCAAGAUUAUGGUUUCUCUUGUUUUGUCAGUCAAAUCGUCGGCACCGGAGUCGAAUUCUGUUUAAACUUCCGAGGUUUUUUUUAUCUAUUGAUACCGGGUAUUUUUUUUAAAAUUGCUUCCCGAGACAAUUGGAGAGGAAUAUAUAAAUUAUUGAUACCUCAUUGCGUGACGCUGUCUUGGUGGCAAGUUACUGUGAUAUCAUGUCAGGGUGCUACCUGGUACGGACUUUUGAGAUCAACAUUAGCAUUGGUCGGUUUGAUAUUUUUCCUUCCGCUUGCUGGAAUCGCAACCGUUCUACUUCCGGUGGUUGCUUUCGUUAAACAUUUUGCUUAUUCUGCAUGGUCUUCCAGACAUGGAAUCGCCGUGACGGCCAUAAUCGUUACUUUUCUCAUAUACGUUUACAAACGGCAAUUGGGUUUACGAAGCGGAUUCAUCAAAGCUCAGAUUUUGAUCGCCGUCAUUUCUUCCGGUUUAUUAUUGUCUUCCCCGUUGAAUGGUUUAUUCGACGAAACCAUUUCCACGACCGACAUUCAACCGCAACCGACGCUAAGUUGGGAUCAAUAUUCGUCGAUUUGUCAAAAGAGUUCUUGGGAUAAAAGAAUGGAUGCUGCGAUACAGGAGGAUUGCAUCGGAUUAAACGGUUUGAAAAUUCAUUGGUACGGAAUCGUCGACAACGUCCGAAUUAUAAAAUUGUUAAAUCUCGUACCGGAACCAUUUAAAAAUAAAAUAAAAUGUUAUUAUGGAGAACCUUACGAAUCCAAUUGUUCGAACGAUGUUAUGAAAAAUGACGAAAACAAAGAAAAACUUUGUAACAUUUUAAAUAAAAUCAAUGCGAAGGGAAAAUGUCAUUUAAAUUCGUGGAACAGGUACGAUUUGGAAAUAACGGUCAAAAUAAAUUCGGACACGUGGAACAGCAUGGAAUCGAAAAUAAAAUUAAUCGUCGACGACAGCAUGAAAAAUUACACGUUGAAACUCGAUGGAAACGAUCAAAUAUGGUUCAGAGGGAUUUUAAAUAAUCCUGAAACGAUUGGAACGGAAAAUUUGUCCAUCGUCGUUGACGAAAUCGGUUGCAUAAAUUGCUCUAAUAAAAAUAUAAAAACGAUAAAAAAAUUAACGGAUAAAUUGACGGGUAAAAAUUUCCCGAAAGAAAUAUAUAACGGUUUUAAAAGGAUAUUAAAUUUCGUUUUUAAUCCCGUUAUCAACAUACGAUGA